UCUUUCACUUUAGUUCAUGUAGAGAGAAGAAAGGGAGAAGAAAAGAAAAAGAGAGGAGAGACAAGCUAGGUCUGAAAUCCCAAACACUCACAGACACAUACACCACAGCAAGCUCCUCAGACACACAAAUAUAAAUAUACACUGAAUCCGAUACAAACACACUCACACCAUCUCCCUCAUAUACACUUGUAUACGGGCGGCAGUAUGUUUUUAAGGACCCUGCUCCAGGCUCUCUGGCUGCUGCUGGUGUGUGUGUCUGGGACACAGGGCUAUGAGGAUGAAAUUGAGGUGAACUACGCAGAUACCUUCUACAAUGAAAUCUCUGAAGGAGAGUCGCUGGAACCCACGCCCACACCCAUCCCGACGGUCCCCUGCAAAUUUCCAGACCUGACCAAGUGGGACAAGCUGUUCUCCAUGCUGGAGAACUCCCAGAUGAGGGAGAACAUGCUCCUGCAGUACGCUGAUGACAUCAUCAAGGUGGAGAUGGGUGCGCUUCGCGGGGAGAUGCUCAGCUUUGUAGCACAGUACGGGGGGGGCUGCAGGGUUGCCGUGGAGACAGCAGGGCAGAGGAUGUCCCUUCAGAUGGAGUCUCGUCUCCGGGACACCUUGGAGCGCCUGAACCUGAGGGAGGUCCGCAAGGAGGACCACCAGGGGCUGCUGCAGCAACUCCUCUCGGCAGCGCGGAUGCAGGCCACCCGCCUCUCGAAGCUGGAGAUCAGCUGCCUGGGUCACCACACAGGGGCGGGAAUGUCCCCAGGGUUGGGAACACCCCUGGAGACCAAGGGGUUCCAUCCCCAUGCUCAAGCAGCAGCAGCGGGGCUCCAGCAACAGGAAGUGACAUCAGAGGAAGGGGUAGCGCCACUAGAAAGGGCACUGGCGGCCGUGGUGAUGGAGCUGAAGCAGACGAGGGCAGAGCUCGCGCUGGUGCAGAGGGUGAACCAGCGGAGUUAUCUCCCUGCUGGAUGUGAGACGGCCCUUCUCUUCCCCAUGCGUUCCAGUCGGAUCCACACCUCCGUCACCCCCGACCUCCCUCUCUCCCUGUCCUCCUUCACCAUCUGCCUGUGGGCUAAGCCCAUCAGCCUGUCCAACAGAACCGUGCUGUUCUCUUACGGAACCCGCAAAAACCCCUACCAGAUCCAGCUCCUGCUCAGCAGAAGUUCCGCCCUCUUCACUGUAGCAGGGGAGGCACACCUGGUGGAGGGGCAGGCUGUGGUGAAGGAGGGUGGGGCCCCGGGCUGGACCCACCUGUGCGGGGCGUGGAGUUCUGAGCAGGGCUUGGCAUCCCUGUGGUCCGACGGGAGGAAGGUGGCCUCCACCCCUGGGGUGGCCGAGGGGCAGGUGCUGUCCGACGGAGGCUGUCUGCUGCUUGGGCAAGAAAAGAGUGCUCGAGUCCAGGGCUGGGUCGAGAACGUCUCGGACGCCAAGCUGGCGUUCGCCGGAAAAAUGACAGGAGUGAACGUGUGGGACAGAGUGCUGGCGGAGGAGGAGAUCUCCCAUCAGGCCUUGCAGGAGGGCAAGGGCUGCCAGCAGAGGGGGAACGUGGUGGCUUGGGGAACCACAGAGAUGGUGCCACACGGCGGUGCUCAAUUUAUCGACUAAACUGUAUUCUUCAUCCUCAUCCUCGUCAUCAUUAUCCUCGUCAUUAUUAUACAAACGUUAUCAUUGCCACAGCACCUGAAACGUUGCCAUGGUACCAACAACUGAGUCUUCAUCUUUAUCAUCUUCAUCCUUAUUUUCAUCCUCGUCAUAAUCAUCCUCAUCUUCAUCAUUGUAAAGACUGAUGGCAAGCAACCAGCCAUACUGGUAGCCUCAAAUGAAGAAAGGACCAAGCUAAGACUGUGACAUACAGCUGAAACCUCCCUGCAAUGCUCAGAGGGGUUGGAGGCAGUUCUGGAGUAAUGCACACACACACAAUAUCACACAAACAAAGUGAGAAGCAUUAGGAUCCAUAGCCUUAGGAGACAAACAGCGUUCAGCAAAGAUUUUCAAAGGAGAGAGACAGAGAGACACACACAGACCAUUGUGUGGAAGAAGAACUCUCUGGGAGAGCUGUGGUUGAGCAAGUGAAAGAGUAACCGCUGCUCAGACCUGCUGGAGUGGAAUAUGGAGGCCAAAGGAUCUGAUCUUUGGUUUGGGUUCCAGGUCACAAUAAGAGUUAGGGUUAAUGUAAGGGUUAAGUUAUGGUUUACUUUUAUAAAAAAAUCUACAUACUUAAAGAGUAACUUUAGAAGCCUGGCUAGACUGGCAUGGCUAUUUAAAUGCUUUGUAUUUCUAUUGUUCAAUUAUUUUCCCCCCAAAAAAGUGAAUUUGUUCAUUUCUAUCAUACUUCUAACUUUCUACUUUGAGGGUUUACAUGUGUAGGUUUGUUUUUAAAUGUGCCUUUUUAUGUUUUAUUCCAAAUAUGUGUGAUGUUUUGUGAUUGUUUGCGUGACCCAUUCGUUUUGCGGUGGAACGAUUUGAAAGGUGAAACUGUGGACAAUGUUUACAUAGUCUUUUGCAUUCAUCUUCUGCUCAUGUUGUGGAACAUGUAUCAUAAUGUACAGUACAUUGGGAAUCCUGUGGAGAGGUUAAAAAUGAAUGUAUAUUGUACAUACAUCUUGUAUGCAUAUUCUUUUCUUUUGCAUAAUGUAAUAAUGAUUUGAAAAGAAGUGGCAAAUAAAACAACCAGUUACAGUAAAUAGCUUUAGCGGAUGAUAUGCUCCUAAUCCUGACUGGAUUACCAUUUUUUUCUGAAAGCAGAGGAUGGUAGCUGGACGAAGGGCGAUGUUUGACGUACCUUCCUCAGCCUCUGUCUGUGAGUUAAAAUGAAGUCUCUGUGUUUGGAAACAGAUUCCUGCUGUUUUACAGUACUGAAUCUCAGUCCAUGGUUAGUCCAUGUGUAUGUGUGUCUGAUAAUGAGUUGUGGGGGGUUUACUGUAGCCGACUAUAAAACUUAAACAUUUCA